AUAUAUUUGACUGGAGACCAACUUCACUGCCAAAAUGAUUCAUAGCCUAUAACAAUACGCCAAUCAGACAGACACGUCACUUAAUAAACAUGAACAGACACACAGAGCUUGCAUUAUCGCUAUGGAGAAAUCUUAAAAGAACACUGUGUUGAAAUCACAGCCUAAUAAAUAGGGCAUGCAGACACCAACACAUUAUACAGGAGGUUCGACAAGAGAUCUACGUUUAUUCACCCCUGGACUGCCUUCUGCACGAAACAAUGAACGUCCGGUGCCUUUUUACCAUUGCCCUCCUGGUCUACUGUUGUCCUGGCGCCAUCUCGUGCCCAGAGCGCUGCAAAUGCUAUUUUGGACAGGACUCCACAGAAGUCAUAUGCCACAACAUAUCCAUGUCUGUCUUCCCGGCGCAGAGUCUCCCGAGUAACACCACUCGUCUAACUAUCCAGUACACCGAUAUUACCACAAUCACUGGAAAGGACCUGCAAUCUAUACCCCUUCUGAGAGAACUCCAUCUAUCAAAUAAUAAGCUUCAAAACCUGUCUUCUGACAUGCUAAUGGGUCUGUCCCAGCUUCACACCAUCGACCUGACAGGUAAUCAGCUGAGAGAUCUCCCUUCCAGAGUCUUCUACCACGCCCCACUCGACAGCCUGGCACUGAAGAACAACUUGCUCUCCCGGGCCAGCGCCGACUGGCUCCCAGGUGACAGCAACCUCACCUGGAUCGACCUGUCGGGUAACCACUUCCAGAAGGUCCCCGCGGGCCUCCUCCAGAACCUGGGCAGCCUGGUCACCCUGGACCUGUCCCUGAACAAGCUGGAGGAGCUUCCUGCUGCCGUGCUGGACCCGCUGGUCCUCAUGGAGAGACUGGCCCUGCAGAACAACAAGCUUCGCGUCAUCGACCCCAUGGCCUUCAACACCACCUCCUCCCUGUCCUAUCUGUUCCUGCAGGACAACCGCCUGGAGAAACUGCCACCGAGCCUCUUCCGGCGGGUGAAGGAGCUGAGGUAUCUCGAUCUUAGCGGUAAUCAGCUGCGCUCCCUCCCUGACGGCGCCCUGGAUCCUAGCGUCGUGUUUGUGGACCUGGCGCUGAACCCCUGGAACUGUGACGCCAAGGCAGCGUACCUGUGGCGCUGGCAGAAGCGCUACGCGGAGGUCCACCAGGAGGACACCAAAGCCGCGUGCACCCUGCCAGCAGCGCUGAAGGGGAGACCACUGGCUUCACUCAGCGGUGAAGAGCUGGGACUAAAGGAGUAGCAGGACAGGAGCCACAGAUGAGGAAGAGGAGCGGAGACUGAGUUCACAGAUGAGGGAGGAGAGUGAACUGAUGGGAUGGGAUGGGCUCAGCAGAUUAGACUGCACUGUGGAGACUGGAUGACCUGCUGUCAGUCAGGACACUCUUGUAAACAUUGUACCCAUACAGCCCCUGCUAGCCUACAUCCAAAUUAGCUGCAGCUGGUGCUGUUGCACUACUAUUGACUUAGUUUAACACAAAUUAAACAGGAGGGUGUUAGUGAGGUAUAUGUCUUUUUUUAUUUGCAGUGACCAUACAGAAGAUGCAUUAAAUAUCAAUUAGUUCCCAUAAACAUACCGUGCAACAGAGUUGGACACUAACCACCCUGCUUGUGGGUUGAUUUGAGCACUGACAGCUAAAAUGUGUCAACCCACCGGUCAGUUUGACUUGUGAAAAUGUUCACCUCAACUCAAGCUUGAAAUAGCUUAUCAACACCCAGUACAAGUACACACAUUGCCACUACUUUUUAAAGGAGAUUUGAAUACCCACACAGUAGACAGUCACUAGGCUUUAUUUGUACGGCACAUUUACAAUGCUUUUCAUGUAGCAACACAGUAAAUUCAUGUAAAA